GUGAUCAGGUCCUGGGAUCCAAGAAAACCUCAGACCUGCUUGGACCAGUGUGGAUAGGUGUGAUUUUUAACGUGCAUGGUGGAGUGGGACCAACUAGACUAGAAUUCAUUGGAUAAUAAUGAUGCUAAUUUAGGGAAAGCAUAACGAGAUUUGGCUUUUUAAUAGUUAACUCUUUUUACAGAAAAAAAGAAAUGAAAGCCCUGCGAAGUCCCUGGGCACUUGCUCCAGUACUAACCUUGUUAUUUUUUGAAGGCUGCCAUGCCAACAACCCCAUGUUUGGUUAUUUAGCAAUUAGAUAACAGCCUUCUUUUCCUCCUGUGCCCUUGUAUGUCAAUGUGUGUGUGGUAGAACCCUUUGAAUCAUUUGCUUUCCCAAAGAGGGAGUUUUAGAGUUUCGACAUGUAGAAAGGGAGUUUUUAAAAAAUUACUAGAAGAAAAAAUUUAAAAGCACACUUCAGGUGUUCAAGAAAUGGUCUUUAUUUAAGAACCGUCUUAUUCCCUUUUAAAGGAUGAAUGUCGAUAGCUGAGGUCGAACUCACGUCUACAGAAUAUUAACGUAACUGGGUAACUUAGAAAACUACAAUUACACUAGACUUGCGUGGAAGUCUCCUUUCACAAGAUGUCUGUAUUUAAUGACGCCAGCCACCCUUUUAAGACCCAGCAUAGGCGGCAGGUGUUCUCUGGCCUGGAGGCAUAUGGGAUGCAGGUGAGAUAAGCCUACGACUCGGCUCCCCUUUCCUAGGAGAUGUGUAGUCACUCACACUGCAGUCAAAAUGCUGACCCGCCCCCAACUCGGUUCAAAACCGACAUAGCGCGGAAGCUUCAAUUCGAUCCUCCACAAGCCACACUCCCCAUCCUUAACAGAACGCCCACUUAGCACCCACCAGGAACUCGUUUUUGUCUCUUCUCAUUUCCCCUUCCGGGUCAUGCGAGCGCAGCCGAAGAUCCGGUCUUGCGCAUUACGCCUCGAGCGCGCGGCUAGUGGCACCGUUGCCAUGGAAAUGCGCCGCCGGAGCUAGCCGGGCCCGCGAGCUAAGUAGGGUCCGCGUCCCAUUGCCGGGCUGGGACUCAGCGGAGCCAAGCCGGCGUGACUACAGAAUGGGCUGAGGUGGCGGCGGCUACCCGGCUGAGGUCGUCUGGGGGGAGAGGGGCGCGACCCUGGUCCGGGACCCCAAGAGGUCUGGUUUGAGGAGUGGGCGGGACUGAGGUUUCCUUGGGUCCCAGGGCCUGAUUUGUGGGCGACUGCAGAGAGUUUUGCGAGAAUCUCAUAUUUGACUGGGACAUGACAAGUAAGCAGCCGGCCUUAAGAAUGGAGAUGUAUGAAACCCUUGGAAAAGUGGGAGAAGGAAGUUACGGAACAGUUAUGAAGUGUAAACAUAAGGAUACUGGGCAGAUAGUGGCCAUUAAAAUAUUUUAUGAGAAACCAGAAAAAUCUGUCAACAAAAUUGCAACGAGAGAAAUAAAGUUUCUAAAGCAAUUUCGUCAUGAAAACCUGGUCAAUCUGAUUGAAGUUUUUAGACAGAAAAAGAAAAUUCAUUUGGUGUUUGAAUUUAUUGACCACACAGUACUAGAUGAGUUACAACAUUAUUGUCAUGGACUAGAGAGUAAACGACUUAGAAAAUACCUCUUCCAGAUACUUCGAGCAAUUGAAUAUCUUCACAAUAAUAAUAUUAUUCAUCGAGAUAUAAAACCUGAGAAUAUUUUAGUGUCCCAGUCAGGAAUUACUAAGCUCUGUGAUUUCGGUUUUGCACGAACACUAGCAGCUCCUGGGGACAUUUAUACAGACUAUGUGGCUACACGCUGGUAUAGAGCUCCAGAAUUAGUAUUGAAAGAUACCUCUUAUGGAAAACCCGUGGAUAUCUGGGCUUUGGGCUGUAUGAUCAUUGAGAUGGCCACUGGAAAUCCCUUUCUUCCUAGCAGCUCUGAUUUGGAUUUACUUCACAAAAUUGUUUUAAAAGUAGGCAAUUUGACACCUCACUUGCAGAAUAUCUUUUCCAAGAGUCCUAUUUUUGCUGGGGUGGUUCUUCCUCAAGUUCAACACCCCAAAAAUGCAAGGAAAAAAUACCCAAAGUUAAAUGGAUUGUUAGCAGAUAUAGUUCAUGCUUGUUUACAAAUUGAUCCUGCUGAGAGAAUAUCCUCUACUGAUCUUUUGCAUCAUGAGUAUUUUACUAGAGAUGGAUUUAUUGAAAAAUUCAUACCGGAACUAAGAGCUAAAUUACUACGAGAAGUAAAAGUCAAUUCAUUCAUAAAGCCAAAAGAGAAUUCUAAAGAAAAUGAACUUAUAAAAGAUGAAAGAAAAACAAUUUAUACAAAUACACUGCUAAGUUCUUCAGUUUUGGGAAAGGAAAUGGAAAGAGAGAAAAAGCCCAAGGAAAUCAAAGUCAGAGUUAUUAAAGUCAAAGGAGGAAAAGUAGAUACCUUAGAAUCAAAAAAGCAAGAGAGUGAAGGUAGACGUUGCCAACAGAAUUCAACUGAUGCUCAUACUACGUCUCAAGAUACAAAACCUGUAAUCAAUGAACCAUUAAACCCUGUCAACCCCAGCACUAACUCUAAUGGCAUGAAAGAUGAUCCAUAUGCUGGAGGUAGUAUGACAAUGCCACCCAUCAAUCUAACUAGCAGUAAUUUGAUGACUUCCAAUCCCAAUUCAGAUCUCUCCCACUUUAACUCAAGGGUAACUGAAAGAACAAAAAAGAGACGUACUUCUUCACAAUCUAUUGGACAAAUUAUAUCUAAUUGCAGGCAGGAGGAUACAGAUGCCACUCAAAAGGGUGUAUUUAAUGAGCGAACAGGCCAAAGUGACCAAAUGGCAAAUGGAAACAAAAGGAAGCUGAAUUUUUCUAGAUCUGACAGGAAAGAAUUUCAUUUCCCAGAAUUGCCUUUCACAAUACAGUCAAAGGAGAUGAAAGGAAUGGAAGUUAAACAGAUGAAAGUGCUGAAGAGGGAAUCAAAGAAAACUGACUCAUCUAAAAUACCAACUUUACUGAAUGUGGAUCAAAAUCAAGACAAACAAGAGAAUACAGGAAAUGCACAAACUGAAAGGAAGAAGAACCUGCCAGAUGUAGAGUAGAAAAUGCAGCAGCUGAAAAUUCAGGGAAUCCCAGAAUCACUGGUGGAGAUGGCCAUUGUGAGGGGAAGAAUUUGAAGAGGAACAGAUUUUUUUUCUGGUAGUGUCUUUUAAAAUCUUAAAAUGCAAAUUGGCAAGU